AUGGAUUGUUGGCUGAUUGUCUCGGGGUGCUUGAACUGCUACUGGCUCUUUUUCCCGUGGAAGUCACUGGUUGACUUGAUAGGCGAUAGAAAUCAUCAACAUACGCCUGGAUGGUCCGACCUCCUUGUCGACACUCUUGGUAUUGUUGGAAUAGCCGUUGCUCAAAGUCUGGUGGUGCUCGUGCCUCAGAUUGACCCCAUGACCGAAAACCAAGUUUUUGAAGUUCAUAAUCUUAAACAAUCAUGUCAGCAAGCUGAGGACACUCUUACGCAAGGUAUGGAGAAACUCCAGGAAACUGUGGCCAAGACAGUAGCAGCUAGUCAUCUGGUUGAAGGAACCUACAUUCCGCAGAUGGGUACUGCGGUGGAGAAGUUGGAAGCUCUAGUGAGCUAUGUGAAUGAGUUUGAAGUUUAUCCUGAGACAGUUGUGCAAGUAACUGAUCAUGAACAGUUCUUGUUUACUUUAAAGAUUCUUGGGUCCGCAACCGGCCACCAUUAG